AUGCGCAGUGACCCAGAUGAGAUCAAGUCUCCUCAGGCUAUGAUGAUGAAUGCCAUUCUGGCCGAGAUGGAGGUGGGCCAGCAGAAGCUGGAAGCCGGCGACGGACCGCACACUGUCUUUGUCAACGGCUUCCCGCGUAAAGAUGAUGGCUACCAGUUCUGGAACGGUCUGGAUGCAGUUCCCAAGCCUUCGCUCUGCCUCGUCCUGGAAGCACCGGAUGACGUGCUCCGGGCACGUGCAGAACAGCGAAGCCGGGCGCCACACGACCUCGAGGAGAAGUUCGACGACAGACUGGAAUAUUUCCGCAAGGAGACAGCCAAGGUCGUCAACAACUUCCACGACACCGGACGCACACGCUACAUCGAUGCCACCGGCUCCCCAGCCCUUAUGGAGAGCGCGGCAGCACGGCACAUGAGGCCCACCUUGGUCUUUGCUUGCGGGAAGCCUGAGCUGUUGGAGGCAAUUUCUGGGAGCCUUGCGGAGACGCGGCUUCGCAUCUCGGACGUUUGCCUUCCCUCUGCGACAUCCGUGCAGGCAGCGCAGUCUCUUCGACAGCAGCUGCGCGUGCGAGGAUACCUUGGGCAACUGGUGGUGGUGGAAGGCUUUCCACGAACUGCGGCAGAUUUCCAGGCUUGGACAGGGAUCGAGCCCGCGCCACUGCUGACUUUGGACUUCGAUUCGGGAAUCCAUCUCUCUGGCUUUGUGCGGAGCUUUUCCGAUGCAUCGGCAGCGACUCUCCAGGCGGUCACCAAGCUAUUGCGGAGCUGCCAGCCACUCCGUGCAGCCGUGCCUGAGGCCUCUGUGCUGCUCCUAAAGCACUGGCUCGGCGCUGCCCGAUACACGAAGUGGUGGGAUCCUGCAACCUUUGAGGCUUCCAAGACGACGUACUUGGCCUACAUGAAGAGCCAGGUGUCCGCGCACAACACCUACGAUCCGAGCUACUGCAUCCGCCCGUCGUCGAGCCCUCCGCUGAAAGCCUGGCUUUGCUGGCUCGCGCAUCUACUCUAUGCCGAGCCGUACCAGAACUUCUGCACGACGGUGCUAAAGCGCUCUGUCGGGCCAUUGGCGCCUCCAAGCUCGGCCGGCUAUACGAAGGCUGGUCGCGCCCCCUUCACAGAGUCUGAUGUUCAGGCUCAGCGAGGUAUCAAAGGUAAAGUCGCUGUGCCAUCGGAUGCGCUGGCUGGUGUUCCCCUCGCCUUUAUCGAUGGCCUAGCAGCCUUGGAGGCAACUGGAUUGGCACCGCUGAGCGACCCCAGGGCAUUGAUCUUCGGCAUGGAGCAGGAUGGUGCCAAUGCUGCAUCUCGGAUCAUGGAACUGCUCGGUCUGUACUAUCGUCGCUUCCUGAUCGUCAUGGGUGAAGCGGGGCCAGAAAGCAAAGCCGGACCUUCGGCAGAGAUCGACUGGAUCUGGCAUGCUCACACGACGCAUGCUAUGAUCUACGGUGAUGAUUGUCGGCACUUGUUCGGACAUGUGAUUCCGCACGUGCCAUGCAAGCCUUCGCCGUCCUCGCAGAAGCCAGCAGUGCCUGACUCGGGCCAGCUGGCGAUGUCAGAGCUCACGAGGACGCUUCAGGAGGACCUGAUGGCAUUCGCAGCCGAAGGCUCCGAGCAGCUUGCAGCGGCCUCCUCCUGGCCUUUCCGAAGGGAUCCGGCCGAGGAGGACGAUGUGAUCACCCUGGGCUGUUUCAUCUCCGGUGGAGAUCGCUCCUGGCUCUCCGAGCGCCUAAGAAGCGUUGGUGGCACCCUUGGCCAGGCUUUGUGGCAUUGCAUGCAAGCUCCAGAAGACUGGAGCUGCCCCAAUCCGUCCACCUCGUCCAUGCUACGAGACCCUGAUCUCGUGGAGGUCAUUGUGCGACUUCUCUCUGGUGAGACGCUCCUGGAGAAGGUGAUGGACAAGGACACCAAGAUCCAGGAAAUUGAGGUCCUUCUGCGCGAGAAAGGCGAAAAAGAAGAUCUGAAGUUCUUCGUGGAUGGAGAGGAGCUGGCACGAACACGGCUUCUGGCCGAGACUGCCGUCAUGGAAGGCAGUGUCAUCAGCUUGGUCCGCGUGAAGAAGCCUCCGCCCAAGCCACGUCCGAAGCCUGUGGCCGUUGCCCGCGCAUGGAGCCCGGACUCAGUCCGCUGCACCUGCUUCACUGACUCCUGCGUCUUCCACGUCCUCAAAUCCGGCCGGCAGGUGCAGAAAACCAUGCGACAACUGAAGGAGGGGGAUGUGCUGCACACUGGAUCUCCAGUGAGGGAAGAGCAAUUCCGGCGGGUGACCCGGAUCUGGCAGUGCCCUACACUGGGCGACUCUGCCACGGUCGAAGUGAUCCCGGGUUGCCGGCUCACAACCGGACAUCCCGUGAAGAUGGGUGGGACGUGGCGGCGGCCAGAGAGCUGCGGUGAGGUCGAGCUGACCCACGAGAGACACGUUUACACGAUUGAGCUCGAAGGCCAUGUCGACACUGUCCUGGUCGGCCGGAGCAUGCAGGAGGCCGUCGUGGUGGCAGCCCUGGGGGUCUACUGCGGAGAGGGCUUCGGGUGGAACCUCUUCACUCGGAAGACACGCCCAUGUGAUCAGCCCAACUGCGCCAAGUGCGCCGUGGCCGUGGUUCCCUCCCUUGAUUUCCGAAACGUCACUUCAGACAUGAUGGCGGUGCGGAAAGGAUACAUUUGGGGCUGGUGCAUCUUCGGCAUUCGAGUUUACAGUUUCCGGCAUGGAUCAACACGCCACCGGUACAACGGCAUCAUGAAGUGGUUUGCUAAGCAUGUGCUCCGAGGGGUAGAGUAUUUUGGAAGGCUGAUGGUGGGAGAUGCUUGGAAAUAUCUUGAGAAUGCGGGAGUUGCAUAUGCAUGUGGGGAUUGGAACGUGCCCGGGGCGCAUGUGGGUGGCAUACGGGAGACAGACCAGAUGAAACUGAAGUUCUACGAGCUGGCGGUGCAGGACUUUUCCGCCCACUUCAAAAAGGUGGUGAAAUAUCCCAUCUUCCUGCAGUGGCACAACGAGCCGGCCACGCACCUGGAGCAGGAUGUCUCCCUGGCGAACUCGCACUUCGCUCUGGCACUGGUCGUGAUGCCUUUGCUGACUGUGCUGGCGAUCGUUCUGCUCAACGGUCUGUUGCAGCUGCUGAUGUGGUUUCAGCUGGCGGUGCCAAAGACCCUGUUUGCCUUCGCAAGGUUUUGGGAGGAAGUGAUAGGCGUGAAUAGCAAAGAUGCGAAUGACGAGCAUGUUGACCUUCGCACAAAACGUACCAACAUCGACAUGGACAAUGGAGCAACUCGAUGGUGUCUGUCGGAAGUUUGGUACCUGUGGCGGCAAGACACGUGCUAUCCCUGCAUUGCCAAGGUCAGCACUUUGCCGCAUCAGCUCAAGCCUAGCGCUGCCCGAACCGACAAUGGACAUCGGAACCGGUCGAAUUUCGCUGAGGGUCCAGGAGAUGGACUGGCGAUGACCGCCACUUUGCGAGUUCUGGGUUUCUGGGUAAUGUUGGUGCUGCAGUUCUACGGGACCUCCUUCAGGCGCUGUGAUCUCUCCUUUGCCUUUGCCUCGCGUCGCAUCUCUGCGAUGGUGGCCGCGUCGAACCUCCCCGCACCGCUAACGGACGGGGAACUCAUCCAGAGCGCCUCGCUGAGCGACGCCUGGCGCACCAAGGGCUCAAUGUACAGUAUCUUCAAGCAUACUGAUGUGCCGGAUGCAGAGUCCCUGGCUGCCUGGCUCCUGGACAAAGGCUUGGACACGGCAGACUGGGGCAAAGACAACACAAAGGGCGUCAGCAAAUUCUGGAAGGAGAUCAAGCUGAACGAAGCUGCAUUGGAGCUCUGGCGGGCGGCUGAUGGCAGUCUGAUUCCAGUGCGAACCACGCAUGUUCUCCGAGCGAAGGUGACCUCGCCGGACAGAUAUGAGCGAGGCAUCUUCCUUUUCAACACCUGGCAACAGUACGGAGAUGGCCGCACCCGGACGCGGAAUGGUCUCCUGUCAGAGAAAUUGACGACUGACGAAAUGCCCUUGGAAGAAAACCUUCACGAGGUGUGCCGGCGUGCUGUUACCGAGGAAGAGAUGCAGCGGGUGGUGGAGUCGACCAUGAAGAUCGGGUUGGGAAGACCCGCGCCGGAGUACGACCCAAACUACACCUGCCCCCUCGAGGUGGUCAACGAACACUUUGUGGACCACAUCAUUGAGCUGGAGAAGUCCAAAAGCUAUCCAGGACUGCUAACCAUGUACCAUCUCUACACGGUGGACAUCGUAUGUACGGGUUUGCCAUUGACGGAUCUGAACACGCUGGAGUUCGAGCAUCCGGACAAGGAUGGCAAGCGCAAGCUCAAGUACAUCCACGCCUGGGUGUGGCUGGAGCCGCUGUGA